AUGUCUAGUGAACCCACGGUGCUGCACCGCUACCCGGGCGCCCUCGCCCUUCCUACGGCGGACCCUCAGGCCUUAGCGAUUGAAACCGCGCUGCGGUUUCUGCAGCUCCGCUACGUCGUGAAGGACGCGGCGAUGCGGGAGCUGCGUAUGGUGAUUCCUGCCGACCCCAUGACGGAUUCGACGUCGCCCGCCGUCUGCCGCGGCUUCCCCGCCUGCUUCCGCCACCUCGCCGCGCUCACCGACACCGACGUCGUGCAGAGCGAUCACAAACACGUCGUCGCCUGUGUUGAGUGGAUCGCGACGAAGUGCCUCUUCCCCGCCUUCACCUUCCUCAUACACUUCGAGCCGAACCUCUUCCAUUACGGGGUGCGAAAGGCCGUCGUGCCGAGGGUCGCGGGGAUUUGGGAGCGCCUCUGCGGCGCCUUUCAGCGAAACGUCCUGCGCUCGAACGUCUACUCCUACGCGUGCGGAACGGCAACGACGCCGCAUGGACCCCCGCUUUCCGCGGCGGGGAUUCGCCAGGUCAAGGAGGUGCUCGAGGAGGUUGAGAAGGCCUUCCGCGCGUUGGAGCUGCUCCACCUUUCCUACGCGCAGACGGACGAGACGUUCUUCUUCGGGACGCUUUCCCCGUGCAGCACGGACGCCUACGUCUACGCAGGGGUGUCGUGCUUUCUGCACGCGGACUUCGGUGGGCCCCACGGCUCCCCGCAUCUCGUCGCUUUUCAGACCACCGUCAAGGAGGAAUGCUCGCACCUCGUGCGGUACGUGGAGUGGAUGCGGCAGAUGUAUUAUGAGGGGUAUAGCGCGAAGUAUGGCCUUAAACAGCCGGAUGGGUUUGGAAUCGCGGAGAUGGAGGCCGCGGCGGCGGAGGACCUUUAUUCUAGGGGGCGCUCCAAAGUCCUAUUGAUGACCGGCAUGUUUGCCUUUGUCUAUUUUAUCUUUGCAAACUCCAAUCUAAUUGCGCUUUUCCUGGAGGGAAUACUGUCUGGCGACUCAGAUGACAUGACGGCCACCGAGUCUAGGGAUGAAAAGCUGAAGGAGGAAGACAUUUCUUAA